AAAAUGAAGAGAGCAAGAAUGAAACCAGAAGCAAUCAUGUACAAAAAGAAAUCACUUACCAUUGAUAAGAUGCUGGCUUCGAAAAAGAAACAAUAUCAGGAAGCUGUCAUAGCUGUAAUUAUAAUCAUGAUUGUACCUUUCAUCCUGAAGAAACUAACAAAAUUAGAUGGAAUAGAGCCAACAAUUAAGCCAUACUUAUCAUGA